AUGGUACGCAACCAGCCGCCCACGGAGCCGGCCACCCAUGGAGCCAGCCGCCCACGGAGCCAGUCGCCCACGGAGCCAGCCGCCCAUGGAGCCAGCCGCCCAUGGAGCCAGCCGCCCAUGGAGCCAGCCGCCCACGGAGCCGGCCACCCAUGGAGCCGGCCACCCAUGGAGCCAGCCGCCCAUGGAGCCAGCCGCCCAUGGAGCCAGCCCCCAUGGAGCCAGCCACCCAUGGAGCCAGCCGCCCACGGAGCCAGUCGCCCACGGAGUCGGCCGCCCAUGGAGCCAGCCGCCCAUGGAGCCAGCCGCCCAUGGAGCCAGCCGCCCACGGAGCCAGCCGCCCACGGAUCCAGUCGCCCACGGAGUCGGCCGCCCAUGGAGCCAGCCGCCCAUGGAGCCAGCCGCCCAUGGAGCCAGCCGCCCAUGGAGCCAGCCCGCCCACGGAGCCAGCCGCUCACGGAGCCGGCCACCCAUGGAGCCGGCCACCCAUGGAGCCAGCCGCCCAUGGAGCCAGCCGCCCACGGAGCUAGUAAAUCACUGUGCCAGCCACCCACGGAGCCAGCAAGUCACACCCAUGCAGCCAGCCAGUUGGCCAGGAAACCCUUCACGGAGCCAACCAGCCAAACGGAACCAGCAAACCACCCACUCAUCAACGGUUCAGCCAGCUAA